AUGCGAUUCCUGGACCAAGGUAUUCGUUUGGCCGGCGUCCUCUCCGCGCUGCUGCUUUCGAGCGUAGCCGCAGAAUCUCGCUGCUUCCCCGAUGAAUUCAUGUUCGGUUCGGCUACGGCAGCGUAUCAAGUCGAAGGUGCCUGGAACGAAUCCGGCCGCACGCCGAGCAUCUACGAUGCCUACUGCCGCGAGACGCCUGGAAUCGAGUGUGCAAACGUCGCCGAUGACUUUUUCCACCGCUACCGUGACGAUGUCAAGCUCAUGGUCGAAACCGGUUUGCAGUCUUUCCGGUUCUCCACCUCCUGGUCUCGUGCCAUGACUUGGGACCCACAAACGCGCCGGAUGCGCCCCAACCCACCAGGUCUCGCGUUCUACCACUCACUGAUUGAUGAAUUGAAUGCGAAUCAUAUCACUCCUAUCCUAACACUGCACCACUACGAUCUGCCGCUGGCCCUGCAAGACGAACUCGACCCACAAGCGUGGCUGAACCCUGACAUUUCUACUCACUUUGAAGACUACGCCACGCUCAUGUUCAAUGAGUUUGGCAAGAAGGUGAAGUUCUGGACGACCUUCAACGAGCCACUCGGAUUGGUGGGGUACGGCUAUGGAAUGGGCUUUCCUAACAUGCCUCCCGCACACAGAGGCUCCCCCACCGAAGCUUACGAGGUGUCGUACGGCGUGUUGAUGUGUCAUGCCAAGGCUGUGAAGAAGUUCCGGGAGUUAAGAGACUCCGGUGUGGUUGAUUCGAGUGCCCGUAUUAGCAUCGUGCUCGUCUCCAGCUUCUUUUAUCCACUAGACCCAACCAAGCGUAGAGAUGUCCUUGCUGCUCAACGCGCGUUGGAUUUCGACUUCGGCUGGUUCCUGCAACCGAUCCUGACAGGAGACUACCCUGCUGUCAUGCGUGAGAUUGCUGGAGACCGUCUACCUCGCUUUACAGCCGAAGAAUCGGCACUUCUCAAUGGAUCCUACGACAUGUUCCAACUCAACCACUACUCGUCUCAAGCAGUGACGGACUGUGACUCACCGACGUCGACUGUCGAUUGCGCUUCGCUUGCUCCUGGCUGGCAGGCGGAUAAAGGCGUGGAUGACACGCACGUCAUGCCGGGGACACUGCGUCCGAAACCAGAUCGCUUUGGCAACAAUUAUUGUGCCAACUUGUUCACGCCGUACCCGCCGGGAUAUCUCGAUAUGAUCCGCUACGUGCACUCCCAAGACCCGACCGUCGACAUUUUGCUGACUGAGAACGGCUGGUGCGGGAAUGGCGAAGUGGAAAACUAUGACCAAGUUCAUUUCUUUGAGCAAUUCGUGGGUCAAGUGUAUAAGGCUGUCGUGGAGGAGAAGAUCCCAGUCAUCGGGUACACGGCGUGGUCUUUUCUCGACAAUUUUGAAUGGGGGAGCUAUAAGCCUCGCUUUGGGAUGUACUACGUCAACUGGACGAGUGAGACUGGCUCACCGGACUUCAACAACCCCAAGCCAACGGAUCUGGCGCGCAUUCCUCGCCCAUCCGCCAAGUGGUUCCACCAACUCUCCACGACGAGAUGCUUGGACGAUAACAGCGUCUUCGCAAUCGAAGCUUUUGAGGAGCCCACCAAGGAUUUGACGAAGUUGUUUGGAGCUCCACUGGUGACGCUUGGGGUGGUGGCAGUCGUUGUCAUGGUCGGUAUCGCGACGCAGAAGCGCCGACAGGGCUAUGGACGCAUUCCUCUUAGUUCAGCGGAGAACUGA